AUGGCUGAGGCUGUGCUUGAAAUCGUGCUUCACAAUUUGAACUCACUCAUUCAAAAAGAGCUUGGCUUAUUUCUUAGUUUCGGUAGUAAAUUAGAAAGUCUUUCCAGCUUGCUAACUACAAUCAAGGCUACUCUUGAAGAUGCUGAGGAGAAACAAUUCACUGACAGAGCUAUCAAGGAUUGGCUGCUCAAGCUCAAAGAUACUGCUCACAUCCUCGACAACAUCUUGGACGAGUGUGCCACUCAUGUGCUGGAGAUGGAGUCUAAAGGACUGUCACACAAGGUACAAAGCUCUUUCUUAUUCUCUUUUCAUCCAAAGCAUGUCGCUUUCCGUUACAAAAUUGCUAAGAAAAUGAAGAACAUAAGAGAGAGGUUAGAUGAAAUCGCUGAAGAAAGGACCAAAUUUCAUUUGACUAAGAUUGUUAGAGAGAAGAGAAGUGGAGUCCUUGACUGGCGCCAAACAACUUCAAUCAUUACUCAACCUCAAGUCUACGGAAGAGAUGAAGAUAAGGAUAGAAUUAUAGACUUUUUGGUCGGUGAUGCUUCUAGUGUUGAGGAUUUAUCUGUUUGUCCAAUAGUUGGUCUUGGUGGACUUGGAAAAACAACACUUGCCCAACUUAUCUUCAAUCAUGAGAAGAUAGUCAGUCAUUUUGAGCAGAGAAUCUGGGUAUGUGUCUCAGAAGAUUUUAGUUUGAAGAGAAUGACAAAAGCCAUCAUAGAAUCAGCAACUGGCCAUGCUUGUGCAGAAUUAGAUCUAGAGCCAUUACAAAGAAAACUUCAAGAUUUUCUAAAAGGAAAAAGGUACUUGCUAGUGCUGGAUGAUGUAUGGGAUGAUGAACAAGAGAACUGGCAGAGGUUGAAAUCUGUAUUGGCAUGUGGGGGAAAAGGCACAUCAAUUUUGGUCACCACUCGUCUUCUAAAGGUUGCAGCAAUCAUAGGAACAAUACCCCCUCAUGAUUUAUCAAUUCUAUCAGACACCGAUUGUUGGGAAUUGUUGAAGCAAAGAGCCUUUGGACCAAAUGAGGAAGAGAGGGAAGAACUUGUGGUCAUAGGAAAGGAGAUAGUAAAGAAGUGUGGGGGAGUGCCUCUUGCGGCAAUGGCAUUAGGAAGUUUCUUGCGAUUCAAAAGAGAGAAAAUAGAGUGGCUCAAUGUCAAGGAAAGCAAGCUAUGGAAUAUACAAGGUGAAGAUCAUGUCAUGUCAGCCUUAAGAUUAAGCUACUUGAAUUUGCCGGUAAAAUUGAGACCUUGUUUUGCCUUGUGCGCACUGUUUCCCAAAGAUGAAAAAAUAAACAAGAAGUUUUUGAUUGAACUUUGGAUGGCUAAUGGUUUCAUUUCAUCCAAUGCAAUGCUGGAAGCAGAAGAUAUCGGCAAUGAGGUGUGGAAUGAGUUAUAUUGGAGAUCAUUUUUUCAAGAUAUAGAGAAAGAUGAUGUUGGUGAAAUUGAAAAAUUUAAAAUUCACGACCUUGUUCAUGAUCUUGCUCAAUCUAUUGCAGAAGAGGUUAGUUGUUGCAUUACAGAACCCAGCCUAUCUAAAAGAAUCCACCACCUCGCAACUUAUAGUUGGGAAUCAUCGAGGUUAGUCAGUUCAAUACAAUUACAUGAGAUCAUAUCAUUGAAGACUCUUAUAAUUUGUCGAUCCAAUUGUUCACUACCUCGUGUACUAAAAUGUUAUUCUUUACGAGUACUUCAUUUCCAAAAUAUGAAAGAGUUGCCAUCUCAGAUUUUUCAUUUGAAACAUCUAAGAUACUUGAAUCUUUCUUGGGGAAAAUUCAAAACUCUUCCAGAAUCCUUAUGCAAGUUAUGGAAUUUGCAGAUUUUAAAGUUAGAUUAUUGUUUAAGCCUCCAAAGAUUGCCUUAUAGGUUGGUAGAGUUGAAAGCUCUACAACAUCUAUCUUUAGAGGGCUGUUACUCACUAUCUAGCUUGCCUCCGCAUGUAAAGAAAUUGGCUUCCCUAAAAACUUUAACCACGUAUGUAGUUGGCAAGAAAAAAGGGUUUCUUUUGGCAGAACUAGGACAAAUGAACCUUAAAGGAACCCUUUGCAUUACACAUUUGGAGAGAGUUAUAAGCGUGGUGAAUGCCAAAGAAGCUAAUAUGUUGAGAAAGCACCUGAAUAAUCUGGAAUUGUCAUGGGAGAGAAAUGAAGAUUCUCAAUUACAAGAAAAUGUUGAGGAGAUUCUUGAAGUGCUUCAACCUCAAACCCAACAACUUCAAAGGAUGACAGUGAGAGGAUAUACAGGGGCCUAUUUCCCACGAUGGAUGUCUAGUUCCUCUCUAAAUAUUUUAACUAGUCUAUAUCUUGUGAAUUGCCAAAGUUGUUUACACCUUCCACACUUAGGGAAACUUCCUUCUCUAAAGAAACUAUCAGUAUCUAAAAUGAGUCACGUAAAAUACCUAUAUGAAGAAUCAUCCAAUGGUGGAGUUGCAGGAGGUUUCACAAAACUAGAAUAUUUGAGACUGGAUGAGUUGCCGAACCUGGUAAGGUUAUCAAGGGAGGAUAGAGAUAACAUGUUUCUAUGCCUUUCAACACUUACAAUUAUUGAAUGUCCUACAUUGUUGGAAUUGCCUUGCCUUCCAUCUCUCGGUUAUUUGCUUGUACAAGGGAAAUGCAGCCAACAUGUACUAAGUUCAAUUCGUAAACAUCAUACUCUUGAAGUCCUUUGUUUCAGAAAUAAUGAAGAGCUAAGUUUCUUUCCAGAUGGGAUGCUAAGAAACCUCACUUCUCUAAAAAAAAUUGAGAUUGUUGGCCUUUCUAAGUUUGAGCAACUCCCAACUGAAAUCAAUAAUAAUAAUUCUAUCCAAGAGAUAAAUAUCGAUGGUUGCAAGAACCUCAAGUCAUUGCCAGAUGAACUAAUACCCGGGUUGCACUCUCUGAAGAGAUUGAGCAUUGCAAGAUGUCAAAAGUUCAAUCUCUCAGAAAGUUUUCAAUAUCUCACUUGUCUUGAGAAAUUGAUAAUCCAAAGUUGCCCAGAAAUAGAAGGCUUGCAUGAGGCAUUACAACAUAUGACUGCUCUUCAAUUUUUGAAAUUGGGUAAUCUUCCAAACCUAACAUCCCUACCAGACUGGUUAGGAAACCUAAGCUUGCUUCACGGUUUGGAGAUUUGUAAUUGUCCAAAGCUGACAUGUCUUCCCACGAGUAUUCAACGCCUUACUAGUCUGACAAGUUUGAAUAUUUGCAAUUGCAGUGAGUUAGGGAAACGAUGUAAAGAAAACACGGGCGAGGAUUGGCAUAAAAUAUCUCACAUUCAAUUCAUUCAUGUUCAAAACCCUAGAAUACACUUCCGAGGAGGAGGAUCACAUGAAUGUUGUUCGUAUAGUUAUCUUCAGUCCUAG